AUGGAGGCUCUUAUACUCGACGUCCCAGCCAAAACGGCAACCGUCAAAUCCAUCCCAAUCCCCUCGCCAGCUCCAAAUGAGCUCCUCAUCCGUGUCCACGCCAUCGCCCUCAACCCCGUAGACGCUCUCUACACAUUCCACCCUCUGGCCCUUCCCACGCAACAACGUACCGUAGGCAGCGACUUCGCCGGCACAGUUCACAAACUGGGCUCCUCCGUCUCAUCCCCCCAUCUCCAAGUCGGCACCCGCGUCGCUGGCUUCCUGCAAGGCGCAUGUUCCGUCAACGACCGACCCGGCGCCUUCGCCGAGUACCUCGUCGUCCCACACGACCUCGUCUGGCGGGUGCCAGACAGCAUGACUCUAGAGAGUGCGGCGAGCGUGAGUUUAUGCGCGCUCACAGCCGCGCAGGGGCUGUUUCCUAGAUUGGCGAUACGCGCCCCCUUUCCGUGGAACGAUGAAGUGUAUAGACCGAAUGGACUGCACGAGUCGUUGCGCGUGUUCAUCUACGGGGCUUCCACCUCUUUGGGCCAAUACGCUGCGCAACUCGUUCGUCUGGCCGCGAAAUCAAGUGAUAGACCCGCCGUGCUUUUCGCGGCAGCGAGUCCAGGCCGCCAUGCGAUGUUGAGGGCGCCGCCGUAUAGCUAUGAUGGGCUGGUGGAUUAUCGGGAUGAGGAGUGGCCGGGGAAGUUUUUGGAGGAGCAGAGACAGGCGAGAGUCGAUUAUGGGGUGGAUUGUAUUUCGGAGGGGGAGUCGGUGAAGAGGGUUUCGAAGGUCGUUAAUCCUACUGGGGGUAUGGCUGUGUUUCGGUCGAGAGCUGGGAAGGCUUGGACGGCGGAGGAGGGGGAGCUGCCUUUUGAGCCGAUUUAUGGCGCUGUUUGGGAGGGGUUGGGGGUGGAGAUCGAAUAUUAUGGCUUUACUGUACCGGCUUCAGCAAAAGCUCGUGAGUUUACAGUGGCUUUCUACUCUUUCCUGUCCAAUAUGGCCGGGACUGGUCUGGAGUUGCAACCUAACAGCAUCCGACUGAUGCCAGGAGGUCUGAAGAAUGUUGUAAAUGAUGGAUUUGCCCUCCUUGGGCCUGGUACCAUGGGUGAUAGGAGUAAUGCUAGGACUGAAGAUUAUAUGAAGCCAAUCAGUGCUGAGAAGUUGGUGUAUAAAUUAGUUGACGAAUGA